AUGGCUCCUCCACCAGUUCCCGAAAUCCGCCUCAAGCAAAUCGCAACAGAUGCCUGCGACUCCGCCCUCAGCUCCACCGACAGCUACGUCCACUCCAGCACACCGGGCUGGAAUGGUACCAUAAUCAACACCAUCCUCAAAUCCCUAAUCUCCGAGACCUCGACCCCCGACUCCCCGCCCAAAUACAAAUUCGCCGUCAACAGCACCAUCAUGCAGCACUCGCAUCCUCUGACCUCCUCCUCUGCUGUCUCCACCACCACAGACGCCGAAUCCAGCACUACCGCCACAGACCCUAGUGCCACCCUCAACGCUGGCGAAGCAAUGACGAAUGGUGGUAGCGAGGCCCAGCUCGGCACGGCGUCGAGCAAGCCGAGAGCGGGGAGGAGGGGCAUGCACUCCGCGGCGGGCGCGUACUGGAACAAUGAGAGGGAUGGGCUCUGGAAUUUCAAGUAUGAGGGGGCGGAGAGGAAGGGGAUGGAUGUUGUGGUGUCUGUGAUAUGGAUUGGGAUAUAA